AAAUCAUACAAGAAAUAUAGCAAAAAAAAAUUACAUUUUUGUGAUAAGUAUUUUGAGAUGCAAUAAAUUUAUGAGGAAAAAAUAAACCGACUUUAAAUACUCCUUGUCUAGAAUGUUUUAGAAAAGAUGUAUUACAAAAAACAAUGGAAUGAUAGGAGAAGAUUUCUAGAUGCUGGCUUAAAAAUCAUAUCAGAUAAAUUAAAUGCAUUAACUAUUGAAUAAAAUGAGUUAUACAAUGAAAUCGCUGAUCUAAAUGAUGAAAGCUAAUCUUCUCUCUAAACAAUUUUGGAGCAGCAAGAAGGAUUUGAAACUGAACACCAUAAUUAAAUAGAUUCAUAUGAAGAAAUGUUUGAAGAUAUUUAUAAAUAAAUAAGUUUGAUUAGUGAUACAUAAGGAAGAUUGAUUAAUAAGUAUAAAAUAGAAUUACAAAGUAUGGCGUAUGAAGUGAAGUAAAUGAAAUUAGAUGAAAGUGAAAGGCUACUAUAGGAAUAAUAAAAAAAUAAAAAGAUAAAGAAUAUAUUGUAGUAAGACUAGCAAGAUUUUUAAGCUCUCUAUAAUGAAGAAAAGGAUAAACUAUAGGAAUUAGAAUGUAAAUUUGAUAGGCUUUAAUAAGAUUUUGAGGAGCUUUAAUAAAUAUCAUAGAAAAUUGUUAAUGAGAAAAAAGGUGAAAACAUUAAUGAGGCUUAAAUCAAAUAAAAUGUUGAGACUUUGGUAAAAGAAAUUAAGAUGCUUGAAGACAAGUGUAUUGAAUAUGAAAACGAAAUAAAAGAUAAAAACAAGCAAUUAAAAAAUUUAAGAACAUGCCAAAGCAAUUUAAAGUAAGAAAAUCUUAAGCUAGAGGAGGAUAUUUAAGAAAAAAUGAAUAAUAAGGAGCUAUCAGAAGGCAAGUAAAAAAAAAUGUAAAGAGAGAUAACAAGGUUAUCAUAGGUUAUUGAGAGAAAAGAAAAAGAAAUUCUCAGAUUGGAAGAAAAGAUUGAAGAAAUUUAAAAUUCUGAAAAAGAAAGAGUUCAAGGGUAUAUACAAGAAAUAGAGGAUCUUACAGUGGAAAAUGAAAAAUUAAAGCAAGAAGCGAACACAUUAGCCAAAUCAAAUAAAUUAUUUUAAGCUCAAAUGAAAAAGUACGAAAGUGCUGAGUAAAUCACAAAAUAAAUUACUGAAAGGGAGUAGUAAUUAAAAGAGCUUUAGCUGUAAUAUAAAGAAUUGGAAUUAAAAUAUUAGGCAGUAAAAAAGGAAGCAGAUGUAACUCUUUCUUAAAAAGAAUUACACUUCUAAAAAGCAGUUAAUUAGCUAGAAUAAAAUCAUAAAAAGCAAAUGGAAGAAGUAAAGCUAUCAAACUAACAGCAAAUAAAUAAUUUACAGAGCUAGUUUAAAUAGGACAAGGAAAAGUUUGAAAAAGAAGCAAUUCAAUAUUUAAAUUAUAAAGAUGAAGAAAUUAAUAAACUAAGGAAAUAAAUUAACAUAAGCUCAAGUAUAAGCUCUCAAAAUCUUAGUGGAAGUAAAGAAAAUAACCCAAAUUAAUAAAGUAUUUUAUAAUAGAGUAAUGUAAAUAAUUAAAAUAGCAUAAAAGACUUAUAAAAUCUCUUGAUAAUCUUAUCAAAAGACUUAAGGAAUAAAGAAAAAGAGAUUGAAGCUUUAAAACAACAGUUAUAGCAAUAACCUUUAUAAUAAAUAUCAUAAAAUAGGCUAUCCACAAGCUAAUCAUACGAAAACAAACAAAGUCCCCGCAAACGUAAAUCUAACAGUUAAGUAAAUGAUAAAUAUCUAUAAAAUAUUCUUUAAACAAAUAAAUGA